UCUAAAGGAAUGCAUAUUGCAGGCAGUCAACUGUUUUCGCCAUUUAGAGCGCUGGGCUACAUCUCAAAUGGUGUGCCAUUUGCUUUGCAAGCUCUAGGGAGUGAACAUUUUAUUGCCACUGUUGUAGGAAGAUCUUUCCACCUCUAUAAUUGUAAGAAGUUAAACCUGUUAUUUGUUGGUACACCCCAAAGUAAUGCAAUUAACUGUAUUACCACUCAUAGUGAGCUGGUCAUCACAGCUGCUGGAAACCAAAUCAAAGCAUGGAAAAGAGGAAAACAGGUAUAUGAAUAUAUUGGUCAUAAAAGUGAUGUUCAGCUUCUCCUUCCUUUUGCUCAUCAUUUAUUAUCUGUCGAUAAAAAUAACUGUCUACGGAUUUGGGAGAUAAAAUCUGCUGAGUUAUAUUUGCAACUUGAGUUUGAUGCAUCAUCAUUUGACAUAACAACCAUAAUGCAUCCAAGUACGUAUCUGAACAAGAUACUUUUGGGCAGCAAGCAGGGUUCAAUGCAGCUUUGGAACAUCAAGACCAGCAAAAUGAUUUACACCUUUGCAGGAUGGUCUCAACCAAUCACCGUAAUUGAACAGGCUCCAGUUGUUGAUGUGGUUGCAGUUGGAUUACAAAAUGGCAAGAUCAUUCUUCACAAUUUAAAGUUUGAUGAAACCGUGAUGAGUUUCAUGCAAGACUGGGGAGCAGUUACUGCCAUCAGUUUUAGGACAGAUAGUCAAGCUAUCAUGGCAACAGGCAGUGCAUUGGGACAUAUUGCUCUCUGGAAUUUAGAAGAAAGAUGCUUAUCCAGUACAUUACGUCAUGCUCAUGAUGGAAGUAUAACUGCAAUAAGAUUUCUUCAAUCUCAACCACUCCUCAUAUCCACUAGUCCGGAUAAUUCUUUAAAAAUGUGGAUAUUUGAUCAACCAGAUGGUAGUGGUCGUGUUCUUAAAUCCCGCUGUGGUCACAGUGGACCUCCUUCUAGGAUACGCUUUCAUGGUUCACGUGGUCAUACAAUACUUAGUGCAGGUCAAGACAGAAGUUUAAGAAUAACAUCAACGAUUCGUGAUUCACAAAACUGUGAACUAUCGCAAGGUUCAUUUCUUAAAAAAUCAAAGAAUCUCGGAGUGAAAAUGGAAAACCUCAAGUUACCAAUAGUAACUGAUUUUGCCUCCGAAGAAACACGACAAGGAGACUGGGAUGGAAUCGUGACCUGUCAUUAUGGAACUUCUCAAGUCCGCACGUGGAAUUUUCAAAAUAAAUGUAUUGGAAAGCAUUCUCUUGAACCAAAACAUGAAGUAAACGAUUCUGUUGCACUGUGCGCAACAAUAAGUUCGUGUGGAAAUUUCACAAUCAUUGGCCAUUCUUCUGGACAUGUUGAUAUUUACAACAUUCAGUCAGGACUACAUCGUGGCUCCUUAGGACAAGGCAAAGCCCACGAAGGAAUCGUUCGUGGCGUUGUGAUCGAUGGUCUUAAUCAACAGAUUAUAACAGCAUCAUCUGAUAAAUCAGUGAAGUUCUGGCAUUUUAAAUCAAAGUGUCUUCAGGCGACGUUGAGACUCGACGUUGGUGUUUCUCAGAUAGUUUUGCACAGGGAGAGCGCACUAAUGGCUGUCGCAUUGGAUGAUUUCACUAUUAAAAUUGUUGACACUGAUAUCAAGAGAGUUGUACGUCAGUUUUCAGGUCAUCGAAACCGAAUAACUGAUGUGGCAUUCAGCCCCGAUGCAAGAUGGUUAAUCACGUGUUCUCUGGACUCAACUAUUCGAACAUGGGAUUUGCCUUCUGGACGUAUUUUAGAUUGCUUCCUUGUGGAAUCACCUGCGACAAGCUUAUCAAUAUCGCCUGUUGGAGAUUUUCUUGCAACUGCCCAUGUUGAUGAUGUUGGAAUAUAUUUAUGGGCGAACAAAGCACUCUAUUCAAACGCUUCAAUCAUUCCACUUCCUGCGGAUUUUCAACCAUCAUUUGUUGACUUACCAUCAGCAAAAACCAGUUUCGGCGAAGACGACGAGGAUGAAGAUUCAAAAUUCAUUGAAAACUCGGAUGAAGAAACUGUGAUGGAAGAAGAAAUGAUAACAGAUGAAAAAUACAAAUCACCAGAUCAAAUCUCUUCUGAACUCAUCACGUUGUCUUUACUUCCGGAAUCUCGAUGGAGAACUCUGUUGAAUCUUGAUGUGAUCAAACAACGUAACAAACCAAAAGAACCGCCAAAAGCUCCUAAAUCAGCGCCAUUUUUCCUUCCAACAAUUCCUGGGGUUGACUUGAAAUUUGAUGUUGGGAAAGACGACACAGAAACAGCGGCUCCGUCUAAGAUGCGUCAUAUCACAAACUUUACGGAAUAUUCUGAAUUCCAGCAGCUACUUGUCGAGUGUCGCGCUAGACAGGAUUACCAGCAGCUGUCACGCAAGUUAAAGGAACUGGGACCAUCGGCCAUUGACGCUGAGUUUCGUUGUUUGGCGCCAGGUGCAGGAGGGGAUGUCGUCUUAAUGGAGAAUAUGAUGGAAUUUCUAAUCACUCAGUUAGAGUUACGGAACGACUUUGAAUUAAUACAAGGUUAUAUGGCCUUAUUUCUCAAGCUUCACGGAGAUAUUAUUUCUUCGGAGAGUAGUUUAAUCGAACGCGCAAAAAGACUUGAGGAACAACACAAGAAAUGCUGGGACAAUGUUCAAGAUCUGCUUAACCAAAAUUUAUGUCUGGUCGCGUAUUUCAAGAGUGCUACAAUAUGAUGCAAUCAUUCAUCCAAUGUAAGUUUGUAUUUUGUCGUGCGCAGUUAAUAGAAAUUAACGGGCUUACUGCAUUGUGGACACAAUUGCAU